AUGUCGUGGCCGGCGACGAGCGCGCUGACGAACGCGACGUCGUUCGCGAACGCGACGUUUGACGUCGAUGGAAGCGCGCGGGCGACGCUGCGACCGGACGUCGAGGGGAAGUAUUCUGCAGCAUUGGUGGAUACGAACGGUUGUUACGCGAGUCAGACGCUCGAGGUGGAGGUUUCGUGGACUUGCGAGACGUCGACGAAUACCGCUGUGGCGGCGGCGUUCAUCGCGUUCGCCGCGUUUUGUGCGUACUCGUUCGGUCGAAAUCUUGAAUCUUCCGAUUUCGAGGAUAAGAGAAACGUUAUUUUAGACGUCGGGGCGUCUUAUAAGAUGAUUGGGAGCGGUGAAGCCGACGCAGAGUUGGAUGACGAGUACAAGCGAGAGCUGGAUGAAUUGACGCAGGAGAUUAAGAGCGAGCACAUCACGUACGUCACGAAGAUUGAUUUAGAUCGAGAUUUGAAAAAUAUACUCGUCGACAAGAAAAAGUCGGCGCGAGAACGAGCGGCCAAAGAGGCGGGACUGUGGAACGAAGCUGAGGAACAGUUUCAGAAGAAUUUGUACGCAACGGAGCGCGCCGAGCGGCGUCGAAGUAUGGUUGGCGAGCAACUUGUCGCGACCGCAUCGAAACUUAUGGCGUGGGUGAAGUACACCGUGCGACUAAGGAGCGCUACGUUUGCACUAAUGUUUCGUUACAAGUUGGCCAAGGUCUUGGACAAGGAGUAUUGGAGCCACAAUCUUCUUCGAUUCCAGCUGUACAUCGAGUUCUUUGCAUUUACGGCGUUUGCAUGGCGCCGCUCGAGUCAUUCAAACGAAAUGUAUCGCGAUGCGAUAGCGGACGUGUUCUUCUACCCUGGUUUAUUCGGCCCGGAUAUGACGGAGCGUGGUGCCAAGACGGAGCUCACGAACUGGUUCGUCGUGCUUUUGUUCGGCGUUGUCAUUUGCCCUGUAGUCGUCAAGUUUUGUGGACGUGUCCGAGACCAUUUUGAUCAAUGCAUGUGGGCAUUCGCGGAGUACGUAGAGCUUGGCGGCGAUAAAACAUUAACGCAAUACUCGGACGACCCAGACGCCGAAUCAGGUGGCGGUGCGCAAGUCGACGAAGAGACUGUGCAAGUGAACAAGUUGGCCAAAGUGCACGCGAUGAUGAGCAAGACGAUGCGACGUGUUCUUCUUCAACCAGUUGCGAUGCGAGAUGAUUUCACUCCAGUGCGCGAUCGCGAAAAACAGCGUUUCAAAGUUGUUCCCGACGUCGCGUGGGAGAACGGUAGCGAUGAAGCUAUACUCCGAACCGUGCGCUUGGAGACGACUUCGCCGCUCAAUUUGCGCUUGAUACCUCGCGAAGCUGCUGAGAGAAUGGAGCUCAUGGCGGAGUACGCGUUGAGGCGCAGGACAUACUCGAAACGCGUGGGCGACUUUAGAGACCGUGUGAAAGCUGUCGGGUUCGUACUUCGCGUGUUAAUCCUGCGAGUCGCUCUCGUUCCGAUGGUUUUUGCUUCGCUCGGCUUUCUCAUGGUGACGACGUCGUUCACACCGACGCCUUGGAUUCACGUGUCGAAGGACCCCAGCGCGAGUUUCGGCGAUAACUUGAUGAUUUCACUCUUCGUUGGCCUCGGCGCGAUUGCAGUAUCGAUGAAGAUGGCUGUGGUAUCGGAGACGCUUGAACCCAACUUACGCCCCGUCCCAAUUUUUGAGAUGUUAAGCAUCUUUUUGAAGGUCUCCUUGGCUACGAUCGCGGCGUACAUGGAAGGUGAACUUCCGGGUCAUGGCGUCCCUGCACUUGAUUCCGUGGCGCGACUCGAAAGUCUGAACUCGUUGCGAAAUAUCAUGCCAGUAGUAGUCUGCCUCGUUUUACUCGUGGCGCACAUGAAUAUUCAGUCUUUGCGCGGGUUCGGGCAAAAGCGGAAUGAAUCGAGAGCUGGUGCUUUCGGUGGCGCGUUUAUGUUCGCCGUCGUCACCUAUUUCUCGAGAAUUUUCAAUAAUCCACCUUGGAUGUCUCAUGGCUUAGUUCCACACACGGGUGGUUCAAACUGGACGCGCCCGGGAGUUGUGAUUGGCAUCAUCAUGACGUUGAUCGCGAUGGUGAUGGUGCGUGUCUUCAAUCAUAGUCUUGGAGAUCACAAGUGCAUUCGCUCAGAGCUUGAAAAAUUGAGCGAUCCAGAGCAAGUGGAAAAGGUUGAGAAGAUCAUGACGCCGGAGUUUAUCAAAGAACAAGUUGAGGCAGAGAAUAGAAGAGAUCGCGUCGUCGCGCUCGUGGCGUUUUAUAACCUUCUCAGCACAGAGCAACGCACUCAAUUGCUCUCUCCCUUGGUGAAGAAGACGAACAUGCCAAGGGCCUCGCAGACGAAAGACGGCGAGAAUGAAGACGUUGGAGACGCGUGGGAUACAGCUAGUGACGCUUUUGAGGAGCUCGGUAUCAUCAUGCAUUGUAUCAUCGAUGAUCCAGACCAAGAAUUUCUCCAAGUAGCCGGCGAAGGAUUCAUCAGAAGCGUGAUACAUGCGUAUGUCCAGGGAACGGUAGAGAUCGCACUUUGGUGCGACGAUGAUAGUCCAGCGUCGACAUGGGAGGCGGUCAAAUCGAUUGUCUCCACGGUUAAAGACUGCAUCAAGGGUGGGGAGAGUAAAACGUUUCAAGCGACCGUGGCGACGGUAUCGAUGGAGUGCAUUCAGUCUUUUGACUUCGCAAACCUCAUGUCGACGCUCUUGUUUAAAGCUCAUGACAUUGAUUUGGAUAUGUAUGGCGAAGAUUACGUCGUAUCUGCGAGAAUGUUUCGUCAAAUAAUUGACGAUGCGUUCGAGAUUCCACCGAGACCGAUUGCGAAAAAGCUCACUCAAGCCAUUACGCACGUGAGGGAUCCGGACACGGAUGAGGUCCGCAGACUAGACAAGGCUGAGCGCGUGACUUACGUCGCGCGUAGCUGGCUACGUCAAGAAGUCAAAGCGAAGAAUAGACCUGAAUUGAAUUGGUUCAGUUCUCUGGGUUAUUAUGCCGCCGUCGGGAGGUUGCAAAACGAGGCGGAUGAAGAAAGACUUGAGCUCGCGCAUGAUUUCAUGAAGACGCUGCUCGACGCCUCACUAAGCACGGACAAGCAGAUAUCAUUCUAUUCCAUUCGGACUCUCGCGACUUUAGUUCGAGUUGGUGACGCGGGACCGAGCGUGUUUGCCGUCGAUGGAUUGAAAGUUCUCUUUGAAUGUAUGGAAGCGCACGCUGGAUCGUCCAAGGAGACGUUUGUCUCUGAAAUCCUUUACGCGCUGACGAACGCAGAUGCGUGCAGAUCUGAGUUUUUGAGCGCUCUCUCUCACUUGAUCGUUAGUAUGGAGCCCGGUAAAGAACGAGAGAAAAUUCACGCCAUCGAGCUUCUUCAUCAAUCGAUUAAACUGGAGAUGAGCGCAGUUUACCGAGUGAUGAAUACAAAAUCUGACGAAGGCGAGGUAUCAAAAAAAUCUUACAAAGCUUUCAUUUCUAUGUCGGCGGCGCAGUUUGUGCACGAUGCGUUGUACGGUAUGCUGAUCGACGAUGAAGCUGAGACGCGUGAACUCUCGAUACACGCCUUGGUGGAUUUGAUUACUCUCUUCGUAUGGGGAACCGAGGGCAAUUUUUAUGACUUUGAGGUACCCGUAACGGGGUCGUACACGGAUGCUGCAUUCGAGAGGUUCGUGGACGCGGCAAAGCGCAAAAUGCCCGGGGGAGCGUUGAUGUCAAAGACGAUGUAUCGGCGUCUAUACGGCGAUAUCAAAGUACAAGGGCUACAAAAAGACACCGACAAGCUUAUCGCCGUGCUCUUGAAAAUCGUAAACACCGACGACAACGCCGGCGUUCGCGCGGCGGCCGAGCGCGGCAUAAGUGAUAUGCGAGCGCUAUUGUCGGACGAUUCAGCUCUCACGGCAAUCACGCUUUACGACGAAAGUAGCGAUGUGCGAGAUGUACGUGGCGCGGCCCCCUCGCGCGAGACGCUGCACAACGUGAGUGCAAUCAUUCACAGCUCUGUCGAGAGGCAACGCCAGAAGGAUGAGACGAUAUCCAAGCUUCGAUUGAACGAGUUCUGGCGUAAAAUGAAGGAAAGGGAACAUUCAGGAAACUCGCACCGCCAGGCAAAGUCAACGCGAGGCGGUAGAGUAGAAAUCGAACGCGAUUCCGAUCCGAGCAAGGGGCCGGCCCCACCCAUCGGAGGUCGUAUGACGAUGGUGAAAGGCACCACAGGAUUUAAGAGGGUCCCGGAUCAGGCGACUCCGAAGAUUGUGCGUCAUCCGCCGCCACCACCACCGACGGAAAGACUCGAACGACAGCGCAGGGCGAGAAGUGCGCUCCAUGCCGAUCGACUCGCUAAACGAGAGGCGGCUUCCGAUCGUUGGUACGGUGGAGAAAACUUCCGACGUCAACGGUCGAUAGAAAGCGCAAAUAACGAGGCAAGCGAAGUAGUCGUGAGUUCAAACAUUGCAGCGCUCAAUGAGCGACCAACGUUCACAGCUCCUAGGUACGGCACGACGAAGGUUCCGCGAGAAUUUCGCCGCGCGCCGCGACCUCCAGAGUGA